AUGCCCUCAGCGAUGAAUGGCAACAGGACAGUGCAGUCGGCCAGCCCAGAUGUGGGAUCUGCUCCUGGACAGAUCACCCUGGGCGGAGGGCAGUCCUCUGGGGCCCAGACCGAGGCAAUGAAGCAGGUCCUGGGCGUCGUCGACAAGAAGGUCCGCAACAUGGAGAAGAAAAAGGUACAUCUCCUUUUAUUUUGGGGGAAUGAAACUUCCACAAAUGUGAUGAGGGUGAAAAGUGGCCCCUGGGGGGUAUUGGAGUAAUAAAGUUACUUGGCCUUUUGAUACCUCCAUCUCUGGUGCCACCUCCUGCCAUUGUGCCUUUGAGCAAUACACCUAACCUGGGGUGUAAUCAUUAGUUCAAAACGUUUUGUAACAAAUGAGAGUUCAGGCCUUGAAUUGUGUGGCCCCUUGUGUGGCCGUAAUGCCCCCUAAAAAAAUCCAUGCCCUUGGGCUGAAUAUAAUAAUUAGAACUCCCUUCUCCUGGCUGACAAUCGCAGUGCUCUGAAGCACCUCUCACUCACAUGGAUUUCUCAGAUAUCUCAAUUCUUAUUAGCCAAUGCCUGUCACGUGAUCGGGUUCUUUUCACACUCAUCGCAGCUCCGAAGUAGGCUACAAGUGAAGAUGGGCACAUCAGCGGGGCCGCAACGGCACGUAUCGUUAUCGAAUUCUGAGGCGCAUAUUGAAGAUGUUAGAAGAACUGUACACAUUUUACUUUUUGUCAGCCAACAAGAUGAACAACGAACACCAAAAGUAUUAGCCUAUGUCAAUCUACUAUCCCCCCCAUAGUACAAAAGUUAUAUUCUAUUAAUCAGCUUGUCGUUCUGUGCGAGAAAUAAACAUUCAAAAACAGACUCUGGGACAGUUGUCGGACGAUAGACCCAAUUAAUACAACCACAAAGAAAAAAAAAAAAAAACGUUUAAAAGCAAUGAGGCUGAUGCAACUGAUCAGAACGCUUAGCUUAAAAUGUUGAUAAACUAUUAGGCUAUUUCUUCACGUUAGAAAAGCAGCAAUGCGCACAUGGCAGUAGGCUAUAAGGAAUUAAUGUUCCAAAAUGCAAUUGGCGGAAAACACUGUUCUCAAAAGCGCACUGCAAAUGCGAGUGGUUUCAAAUGACUGAUGAAAAGGUCCUUUUUUUUUUAGAAAGAGGGAAGAUUUUAAAAAUGCAACAACUAGCAUGGGUUGUUAAUAUGACUAGGAUUGUCUUUGGUUGCUGGGACAACGAAAGACAGUUAAGAACAUGCCAUACUGGUUUCAGUGGCAUAUGAGGAAGUGUUUAUAAAAUAAUCCACUUAACAUUCCUAUGGUUGGAACACGGUAAGACAUGCCUCAUAAAAUGACAAAGAAAUGUCCAGGUUUUAAACAAUUACCUUUAUGGUUUAAAUAGUUUCAAAAUGUUGACUGCCUCUGGGUUAAUGGCCUUGGUGCCCUGCCAGAUUGGGUACUUCCUGAAGGCCAAAUGGUCUUGCCCCUAAAAUCACAAAAAAUUCCAGGCCUGCGAGAGUUUUUAUUGGACAAAUUCAGGUAGGUCUCUCCCCAUUUGGUUCCUAGUGAAUACACCCCUGCUCUUCGGCUGACCCGGCACUGCUUCCAGCGUCUUUUCUGUAGUGUCUGGGGGGGGACUUGGGAAUUAAAAACAGACUGCAAACAGACACAUUUCUGUUUUUGAUGGACAACCGUUACUUGUAUCGUAUUCUAUGGAUGCAUAGAGUGUGGCACUUUUGCUACUGCGCAGGCUCAGUGCCAACAUUGUGCUGAUCAUGAUGACCGCAGUUUCCUAUCAGACCAAGAUCAAUCAAGGCGCAUUGCGUUAUGCAAUUCCUUCCAACUGUGGAGGAGGAGGAGGAGAGGGGACUCUAAAAUAGACACAGCUGUCCUAGCAAGUCAUCCAGUACUGCAGACACAGCAUCUUGCUUUUUUGCUCUCACUGCUUAGUUGCAACAUCACCUCGUCUUCCCCGACAUUACAGUUGCACAAUCAAAGUGCAAGUCCCUCUCUGCAGACUGGCAGGCUAGCUCAGCUCAGUUUUCAAACUUUUCUUGCCCAGGGACCCCCACCCAGGCAAACCGACGACCCAGGGACCCCAAUCAUAUGUUACAAGUAAUCAACAUUUUUAACAGUUCAUUGGAAGAGAAAGUGUAAAAUAACUUCAGCUGUGUUCGAAUACUCAUACUAACUGUACAAUUUUGACUUAAUUGAGGAUGUAGUAUGCUUAUUGGUCAUAGUAUGGAUAUAGUUAGUAUGCCAAAAGUUCCCGGAUGUCGUACUACAUUCGCCAAAAUACAAGGUAUACAAGCAGUGGACACUAUUUCUGUGCUUUUAGGGCCCAUAAUGCGAUUCUUCAGAAAAUGGGCGUUGCUUCACCACAUUUUCCGAAUUUAAAAAAAAAAAAAAUUUUGCAGCAGAAGUCCGAGAGCGGAUACAAAUUCAUUGCUUUAACUAAUUAUGACAAGUGUUAAAUGUUGAGCAGUGUAAUGACUUUUCAAUGAAGUUACAUUACACGUUAUGUUGGCUGACAAUUUGUUAGCUACGCUAUCCUUACGAACUGCAUAGCAUAUCAUUACAGCAGCAGUAUGUUAGCUAGCUGUCUAACGUUAGUUGGCUACUAAUACAUUGAACUUGCCAGUACAUUAACUAUAUGCUAUCUAACUAACUACCCAAUCUAACUACUACUUGAUUAUUCACAUCAUUCAUAGCUUAGCUAAGUGGUAUAGUCUUUGUGCAUUCUCAAUGGACAUUGUUAAUUCGGGUGUGUUCGUAAAUUCGCUCUGGCUAUCUACUCUGAUUUCAGAGCACUCUCAUCUGUGUGUGCCAGAGCGCAGAAUAACUGAUGAAUUUACGAACGCUCGACACCCGUUGAAUACAGCUGGUGUCAGUAAACAUUGGCAAAAAAAGCGUAAUUAAAUUCUUGCCAGUAGCACAGUUAGUCACCAACACUCUGGAUAACAUGAAAACAGUCUAACCAGCUCUGCUAGGAUGAGUAAAAUGGUCAGAGUGAGGUGUUCUCUCAUUUGUACUGGAAGUAGCUAGCAGGCUAGCCAACGUUAGCCAGUUAGCUUGAGUGCUUGACUGCCGUUGUCAGGUCAGAACGCUCGGAUCAACCCUACUCCUCGGCCAGCGCGUCCAGUGUGUGCUCUGAAUUUUACUAACGGACAAUCUGACAACGCUCUGGAUUUACGAACGCCCAGAGCGCACUCUGGCACUCCAGAUUUGAAUUUACGAACACACCCGAAGUCGUAAGAUGUCCUAGCUAGUAAUUUGUUAUGCUAGCAAGAGGUAGCAACAGCAUCAACUUCCGGUAGACAGGCGUAGCGCUAGUACACUCAACUGAAAGGAUACCGUUAAUUUACAGUAUACUAAAAUGAACUAAUGGUAUGUAGUGUGUGUAUAUACUCAUUAAGUAUAGAGUAUGUUAGUAUGGGUAUUCGAACACAGCUAUAAUGGGCGGCAGGUAGCUUAGUGGUUAAGAGCGUUGUGCCAGUAACCGAAAGGUCGCAGGUUCUAAUCCCUGAGCCCACUAGGUGAAAAAUCUGUCGAUGUGCCCUUGAGCAAGGCACUUAACCCUAAUUGCUCCUGUAAGUCGCUCUGGAUAAGAGCGUCUGCUAAAUGACCUAUUAUUAUUAUUAUUAUUAUUAUAAUCUACUAGCUAGAAAGCUAUCUUGGCAGCGUAUAGAGCAUUUUGCAGUAAGGGGGGGGGGGGGGAUUCUCCCUUACUGUCUAGCUUUUAUUUGAUUGUUAGUUUUCAAAGAUGGUAUUAUAAAAAAAAUAUAUAUAUUGUUCAAUAUCUUUUCUGCAUGCUUUCUAUCGUUUAAAUUGACACUGAAACUGUUUUUCCAAAUUACUACUUUCUAUACAGGAAAAUAGGUCCAAUUACUGUAAUUUCCUUCAUAUUGAAGGAGAUUUUGGCAAUGAAGCCAUUUUUAUCUGUUUCCCCAGAGUCAGAUGAACAGGAACCGCGAUCAUGCUAACUGUACCUGUAGACUUCCAGGCAUUGUGCUAACGCUAGUUAGCAUUGGCUCAUGAAACUACCUCGAACCUCUUUUUUUUUUAUAGUGGACACAGAGACAUAAUGUUUUAAUCCACAAUGGUAUUCUGUUGCAGCUAGCGAUAUUUAAAUUAUUUUUCACAUCAAGAAAUCCCAAAAUAUACCCCCCCCCCCCCCCCCCCCCCCAAAAAAAAAAAGUGUGGAGCCCCUGUAGUACCCGUAUAGGGGCUCGGACCCCCGUUUGAAAACCCCUGCGCUAGCUAGCUACUGUAGCUAGCUAUGCGUUGCCUUGUUUAGCAAGCUAGCUAGCAAGCCCGUUAGGCAGAUAGACAGACAAUUAAUGAUAUGAGGCCUUAUGUGUGAGUGUGUAGAAUCAAACAAACGUUUAGCAUCAAAUAUUUCAUUUAAUUUGGCAAAGAACAAGCAAUGUAGGUUUUUCAAGCACAUGGAAAAAACGUCUAUGUUAGCUAACACUAGCAUAAUAACAUGGCGACUGUCUGCAGGCAAAAUUAUGUUGGUUGGCGUUGAUGUCUUGAAAUGGCCAAUAAUAAUCAUUCUCCGUAAUUGCAUGAAUUACCGGCCUAGUUGUAAAAUCAACUUUAUCUCAGUUUUAGCUAGGCUUUGUGUUCUCAGUGCGGCUGGUUGAGUAGGCAGGUUUGUGGUGUUUGCCAAAGCUGUUCUGAAGAAGUUGUCCAUCUCAUUAACUCACUAGCUGUCAAGCACACUUGUACUGUGUUGAGAUAAUAUAAUAAUAAUAUAAUAUGCCAUUUAGCAGACGCUUUUAUCCAAAGCGACUUACAGUCAUGCGUGCAUACAUUUUUUUUUUUUGUGUAUGGGUGAUCCCGGGGAUGUAUGGCGUUGCUCUGAGGUGUCAACAAACCUGUCAUGUUUUUAGUGCAGCGUUACCGUGGUCCUCUGUAGUUCAAUUGGUAGAGCAUGGCGCUUGUAACGCCAGGGUAGUGGGUUCGAUCCCCGGGACCACCAUGCACGCAUGACUGUAAGUCGCUUUGGAUAAAAGCAUCUGCUAAAUGGCUUAUUAUUAUUAUUUACCAUGGGAUUAGCAACCUGGGGAUGAGGUUACCAUUGGAUAUCUGUUGCAGGUUUUGAUGUUUUUUUGGCCCUAACCAUACACUUUAAACAACAACAAUCCCACCAAUCAGGAAUGAGGAUCGGGGCAUCGCUUCCCACCUAAACCAACAACCGAGACAUUUCAGCUCUUAUCUUCUACUAUGUAGAAUUUUUUAGUUUUUAUUAUUCCAUUAGAUCAACAUACUGUAAUGGUUUUAAUCCUCUCUGUCUCACAGGGCAAGCUGGACGAUUAUCAAGCCAGGAAGGACAAAGGGGAGCGUCUCAAACCAGGACCAGCUGGUGGGUCAGCGUUCUACAACAUACUGUAUGAGUCCUAUAUCAUCUGUAGUCACUGAGCUAACAUUACUGGGUUGGUGUAAGCAAAUUUUCCACUGCAUUGCUUUCACCAAUUAGCCGACGUCUUCAGUUCAGUCAUUACUUCAAGGAAGCAGGAAGGAAUGAUGCAAUACAUUUUUAAGACUUUGAACAGUAGAUGUUAGGCUUUCUGUGUUAACCAGUUUCCUCUGUCUCUCUCAUCUCUGAAGGAUGCCCUGACCAAGUAUCAGGAAGUGACUAAUAACCUGGAGUUUGCCAGGGAGUUACAGAAGAGCUUCCUCUCACUGGGGCAAGAUGUAAGCAAGACUCUUAACCACUAAACUGCUCCAGGGGGCGCUGCUCUGUGGCUGACCCUAGAUUCCAACCCCUUUGCGGGGUUGUGUGUAUUUCUUCUUGGGAGGUUAAAAUGGCAAUGGAUGACAGUGUUCUUCUAACACUGGAGCUCUGGAACUAGUGUCUCUGGUGUUACCCCUGUGUCCGUUUUGAAUUGAUAUGGCCAGCACCACACACUGGAGGUAUAUUAUAUUUUCAGCUUAUUCAUUACUUUGUGGUCCGACUCCCUGCUCUUUGUCCGGCAAACGGUACCGGAGCAUCGGCUCUCGGACCAACAGGCUCCCCAAGCCAUCAGACUGCUACAUAGCCAGACUUCUACAUAGUCAAUUAAUGGUACUCUAACUAUCUGCACUGACUAUCUUGCACACUCACUAGACUCUCUCUCUCUCUCUAUAUAUAUAUAUAUAUAUAUAUAUAUAUAUAUAUAUAUAUAUAUAUAUAUAUAUAUAUAUAUAUAUACAUACACACACUCACUCACUCAUACACACCUUACAAAACUCCCACACAUUCACUACAUAAAACACACGCAGACCAACACAACGCACAUUCUCACACUUACUCAUCAUGUGCUGCUCUGUCCAUUAUUUUAUUAUCUAUCCUGAUGCCUAGUCACUUUGGUAUUCGUACUUCCUGUAUAUAGCUCCUCAUUGAGCUGGUACUUCCUGUAUAUAGCUUCAUAUUGAGUUGGUACUUCCUGUAUAUAGCUCCACAUUGAGCUGGUACCUCCUGUAUAUAGCUCCACAUUGAGCUGGUACCUCCUGUAUAUAGCUCCACAUUGAGCUGGUACCUCCUGUAUAUAGCUCCACAUUGAGCUGGUACCUCCUGUAUAUAGCUCCACAUUGAGCUGGUACUUCCUGUAUAUAGCUCCACAUUGAUCUGGUACUCCCUUUAUAUAGCUCCAUUCUUCUGUAUUUUAACUCUGCGUUGUUGGGAAGGGCUCGUAAGCAAGAAUUUCACAGUGAAGUCUGUACCAGUUGUAUUUGGCACGUGACAAAUAACAUGUGAUUUUCCCCUCCUCUCCAGAUCCAGAGGGUGGUGAAGAAGGCAGUGAGGCGGGAGCAGCUCCAGAGGGAAGAGUCUGAGCAGAAGAGGCUGAAGACGAUCCUGGAGGUCCAGUUCCUCCUGGACAGGCUGGGGGAGGACCGUGUGAGGCAGGAGCUGAGACAGGGGGCCGCCGGGGGAGGCACCCCCUCACUACUCACCGACACGGAGCUCACUGCCCUGGAUGAGCUCUAUAAACUAGUGGGACCAGAACCACACCAAAACACCAGGUUAGACAGUGGGGGGGGAAAAAAGAUAUGUGGAAGUUUUUUUUUUUUUUUUUACUAUAACUUUCCUUUCUCAUGAAAACAUGUCUUGGUUUCAGGAGAGGGCUUCUCAGCCCAUCUGUCGAAUAAUUUACAUACCAUGAACAUGAUGGUCAACUUCGAUGUUUGUUUAGAAGCCGGGGUUUCACUUUUUUGACAACCCCGAUUUGAGAGGGAAUUGCAACUCAAGCCUUACCAAGACGUUUGUGUCAAUGUUGCACUCAAAAGCAGAAGCAUUGAACAGCUUGUGGGGGGGGUAUCCAUUUUUCUUUCUUUCACAAGUUCCAACUUUACCACUCCUAUUGCAGGUUUACUGACCAGUACGAGGAGGCUUCUCAACACCUCAUGGAUCUGUUGGAGGGGAAGGACAAAGCUGUGGCAGGAACUACAUGUAAGUCUAACCAACAACUGCCUGGGUGUGUGUUCAGUGACGUGAAAAGUUCUGAAUGUUGCAGAUAGAAUGAAUAGAGCUGAGAGGAUUCUCUAUUCUAUCUGAAUAUCAUUUCUGUUCUACACGAUACCUUUUUGAAUGUUCUGUGACUUUAGAUCCUCAUUAACAAGUCCCUCUGCAAUUGUCUCUGUGUGGAUGGAAGCUACUGGAAAUAAUGUAAUUUAGAUUUUUUUUUUAUCUAAAUGCCAGUGGUUGUCAAGUAGCAUUGCUAGGUUUUUUUUUUGUCUUCCAGUUUGGCCAUAGCCUGCUCCCAGAUCAAAUAUAUCUGGGACCAGGCUAGUUUGGCCAAUGACUUUGUCUAAUAUUUGUUCUCUAGACAGGAAAGACAUUUAAUUAUUCAGGAAGACUCGCAGUGUUAUCAUUUAGUUACCCAGUAGGUGGCGAUAUAUUUGGCAGGAUAUUGUGGCAAUGGCAAAUGGCUUUAUAACUCCAUGAUCAGAAAAGACUGAAAGGAUUGUGUGUGUGUUUGGACUUGCCACUGGAUGCUUAGAGCUGGCAGUAACUAUCCACUGUCUGUCACACAACUCGUUGAUGACAAGAUGUCUCCUUCAUAUCCUGAGGUGUCUGCCUUCAGAGAGAGAUCAUGGAGACCUAAAGGCAACCCAGUUCCCGUCUGUUCUGUUAUUUCCAAGGCCUUGUACAGUAGAUAUGAGGGUGCAUUCUGCAUGAGUAAUCAUGUCCUAGGGGGUAUAGGCUAUAAGAGUGUUGGUUUGAGAUUGCUGAGGCCUUGGGGGACACAGUGACGUGUUCUGGUGUUGAAUGCUGAGGGCUUCUCCAUACUCAGCCAGGGCAGGAUGCCCCAUCCCUGUGGUCCAGUAGACGACUAUAGGGCAGGGUGCCAGUUGCCCCGUCCCCUGUGGUCCAGUAGACGACUAUAGGGCAGGGUGCCAGUUGCCCCAUCCCCUGUGGUCCAGUAGACGACUAUAGGGCAGGGUGCCCCGUCCCUGUGGUCCAGUAGACGACUAUAGGGCAGGGUGCCAGUUGCCCCAUCCCUGUGGUCCAGUAGACGACUAUAGGGCAGGGUGCCAGUUGCCCCAUCCCCUGUGGUCCAGUAGACGACUAUAGGGCAGGGUGCCCCGUCCCUGUGGUCCAGUAGACGACUAUAGGGCAGGGUGCCAGUUGCCCCAUCCCCUGUGGUCCAGUAGACGACUAUAGGGCAGGGUGCCCCGUCCCUGUGGUCCAGUAGACGACUAUAGGGCAGGGUGCCAGUUGCCCCAUCCCUGUGGUCCAGUAGACGACUAUAGGGCAGGGUGCCAGUUGCCCCAUCCCUGUGGUCCAGUAGACGACUAUAGGGCAGGGUGCCAGUUGCCCCGUCCCCUGUGGUCCAGUAGACGACUAUAGGGCAGGGUGCCCCGUCCCCUGUGGUCCAGUAGACGACGAUAGGGCAGGGUGCUAGUCAGUGGCCCCAGUAUCGCCUGCCCUGUGGUCCUCAAAAAGUUAUACAGCUGUACCAUUGAGAACAUCUUGACUGGCUGCAUCACUGCCUGGUACGGCAACUGCAAGGCACCUAACAACAAGGCGCUACAGAGGGUGACGUGGAUAUCCCAGUACAUCACUGGGGCCGAGCUCCCUGCCACUCUGUCAGGCGGUGUGAAAGGAAGGCCCGGAAAAUGUUUAAAGGGCAGACCAUCAUUUUGACUCAUUGUCUAAUGCUCCCGAUUAGUUUUCCCAAGACGUUCCCCUUCAAGUGAUCCCAAUGGUUUAAUCCAGAACAAAUCUCUAUAACCUAGCAGCAAGCUGCAGUUGCUUGUUGAGCCUGUGUGGAAGAUGGAGAACAAUAGUCAAGGUUCUACUGUUAGGGUAAGAUGAAAGAUGUAUGCAGACUCCAGCCACUCAAGCCAAAUAAUGUUCUCUCUGCUUCCGCGAGGCAAGAAGUACCGAUGCAUCAAGUCCGGAACCUACAGGACCCUGAACAGCUUCUAUCCCCCAAGCCAUAACACUACUAAAUAGCUAACAGUGGCUACGGGGCUUAUCUCAGUUGACCUUGUAUUUAUUAAUUUUUUGCACUGUCUCUCACAGGACCCUACACACACAUAUGCGUGCACACACACACACACCCACCCACAUAGAUUAAAUAUAUGCAGUAGUGGUAACUGUGGGCUUUAAUCUUACUCUUGAAAUUUGUAAUGGUAGAAUGCCCAAGGUGCAAUGUCGAAAUUGGAUAGUCCAUCGUCAUUGUCAUGUCAGUCAUUGCAUUUGUAACUUGUCAGAAAUGUCCAGAUCAACUAGCCCAUUUUAGCUAGUGUUUUUUUUUUUUUUUUUUUUUAGCCCAUAGAUUUUGUUGUAAUGUUUGAGUCACUCAAAUAUCACAUGAAUACACAUUAGACGUGACAAAACGUAUAGAAUUGCAAGAAAAUGUGUUUUUAAAACUGCUAAAUCUUCUCUGCACCCCAUGACAAAAUGUGUAGAAUUGCAGGAAAUAAGCUUUAAACCUGCUUUAAAUGUUUUCUCCACCAACGAGGGGUGGGAACAGUGUGUGUCAUGAACAGUGCUUGUGGCCAUAGAAAGAGACAUGGUGUGCAGGGGGGCACGGGAUGUUCCUCAAUGCUGGAAGGGGGCCCUGAGUGGAAAAAGUUUGGGAACUAAUAUAUCUUGAUUUAGAUAAGUAUUCAACCCCCUGAGUCAAUGCAUGUUAGAAUCAGCUUUGGCAGUGAUUACAGCUGUGAGUCUUUAUGGGUAAUUCUCUAAGAGCUUUGCAUACCUGUACUGUACAAUAUUUGCCCAUUUUUUUUAUUAUUUGAGAAAUUCUUCAAGCUCUCAAGUUGGUUGUUGAUCAUUGCUAGACAGCCAUUUUUAUGUCUUGCCACAGAUUUGGAAGUCAAAACUGUAAUUAGGCCACUCUGGAACAUUCAGCGUUGUCUUGGUAACCAACUCCAGCGUAUAUUUGGCCUUGUGUUUUAGGUUAUUGUCCUGCUGAAAGGUGAAUGUGAAUGUGUCUGUGUCUGUUGGAAAGCAGACUGGAUUCUGCCUGUGCUUAGUUCUAUUCCGUUUCUUGUUAUCCUAAAAAAAACACUCCCUAGUCCUUGCCAAUGACAAGCAUACCCAUAAUAUGAUGCAGCCACCACCAUGCUUGAAAAUAUGAAGUGGUACUCAGUGACGUGUUGGAUUUGCCCCCAAACAUAACGCUUUGUGUUCAGGACAAAAAGUUAAUUUCUUUGCCAUAUUUUUUGCAAUAUUACUUUAGUGCCUUAUUCCAAACAGGAUGCAUGUUUUGUAAUAUUUUUGUUCUGUACAUGCUUCUUCCUUUUCACUGUCAUUUAUGUUGUGGAGUACCUACAAUGUUGUUAAUCCAUCCUCAGUUUUCUCCUAUCACAGCCAUUCAAACUCUGUAACUGUUUUUAAAAUCACCAAUGGCCUCAUGGGGAAAUCCCUGUGCAGUUUCCUUCCUCUCCGGCAACUGAGUUAGGAAGGACGCCUGUGUAGGGUCGCUCAGCCCCAGAAGUGACUCUUAUCAACUGUAUGCAAGAAUUUGCUGUGUGUCGUCUUAGGAAUUCAACAUUCUCUGUGUCGUCUUGGGAAUUCAACAUUCUCUAUGUUGGUCUUGCCAACCUUCAUUGUCACACCUCUGAGAAGCAGAGUUUACAUCAUGUGGGUCCAUCUGAUUGGAUGUUUAACUUUACAGUAAUACUAUUGGCCAUCAACUCAGGUUUUGAAUCCUAACAACUCAGAUGCUUAUAAAAGGGUCUUAGAUUCAUUGUUCUAUCUCUUAUGUGUUCCUGACCUGCUGUGGUGAGAUUCUCUCUCUCUCUCUCCAUGCUUAGAAAAAUGCUUUGUACCUUUAAGUUUAUGCCUUGUGAAUCCAUUCAUUUUACAAAGUAAUUAAAUACACUUGUAUUUAGAAUUCUAUUCUCAAACAUUUCUUAAUUGCCUACUACUGUAACUCAACUGUAGUCUUCUUGCAUAUUAUUAUUUAUCUUAUGGAGUCAGAAAGAUGUCAUUUAAUGGGCUAAUGGCUUAGUCUUAAUUCGAGUCGCAUGUGAGGUAUUUAUAAUAGCAUACUUUUUUUAAAUAUGACUGUCCACUACACCUGUAUCUUAGUAGUAACUGGAUGUAUUGAUACACCAUCCAAAGUGUAAUUAAUAACUACACCAUGCUCAAAGGGAUAUAUAUAUUCAAUGUCUGCUUUUUACCAAUAGGUGCCCUACUUUGCGAGGCAUUGGAAAACCUCCCUGGUCUUUGUGGUUGAAUCUGUGUUUGAAAUUCACUGCUCGACUGAGGGACCUUACAAUUAUCUUUGUGUGGGGUACAGAGAUGAGGUAGUCAAUUUUAAAAAAUCACGUUAAAACACUAUUGCACACAGUGAGUCCAUGCAACUUUUGUAGACUUGUUAAGCAAAUGUUUACUCCUGAACUUAUAUAGGAUUGCCAUAACAAAAGGGUUGAAUACUUAUUGACUCAAGACAUUUCAGCUUUUCAUUUUUAAUUAAUUUGUAAACCUUUCUAAAAAAAAAAAAAAAAAACACAUUUUUUCCACUUUGACAUUAUGGGGUAUUGUGUGUAGGCCAGUGACACACACAAUCUCAAUUUAAUCCAUUUUAAAUUCAGGCUGUAACACAACAAAAUGUGGAAAAAGUCCAAGGGGUGUGAAUACUUUCUGAAGGCACUGUAUGCUGCUGCUCUGGUUAUCAUAUCCUGAUCAGUGGAGGCUGCAGAGGGGAUGGCUGCUCAUAAUGUCUGGAACGGCGCAAAUGGAAUGGCAUCAAACACAUGGAAACCAUGUGUCUGACGUAUUCGAUUCCCCUUAUUCCGCUCCAGCCAUUACCACGAGCCCGUCCUCCCCAAUGAAGGUCCCACCAACCGCCUGUGAUUGGAACUGACCCUGUGUAUAUAGUUUCUAAUUUCUCAUGUUUUUCCUUUAUUUCUAUUUCUCGUGUUUUUUGUUCUACCUAAUGUUAUUUUUUAGUACUACAUUGAUAGAUUACUGCAUUGUUGGGUUUAGAGCUAGCAAGAAAGGCAUUUCACUGUACUUGUGCACGUGACAUUUUAAAAACUUGAAACCGUAGACGGCAAUAGGGCAGGGUGCCAGUCAGUGGCCCCAGUAUCGCCUGCCCUGUGGUCCCACACAGAGGACCCAUUCACACACAACAGCACUUAACAGCUCUACAGCCAUACAAGUGACCCCAUUCUGCUUAACGAGGUUAGAAAACCCCCUCUCUCGGAGAACUGCCUUAUAAUAGGCAAGUUGUAGUGCAUGGUUGAAACAAGCAGAUUCUCCGGUUAGAUUUGUCCACCAUCAUAUUGCAUUGUAGAUGUCAACAGUGUAGUGCGUUUUUGAAUGGAGUUCCUAUUGUUGCUGAUGGCUCCAUCACAGUUUGGGUCGGCAUGAUGGUUUGAAAAGGGUAUCAGAUGGUCCCUUUUUGGCAUCAGCAGGCACUGACUAGCCUAGUGGAAGUUUUGUACAUUGACAUGUUAUGUUAUGUUGUUUCUGAUGGUAUUCUCAAUUCCCCUCCCCACCCAGACAAAGCGCUGAAGGACAGCCUGGACCGGGUGCUGCUAAGCGGGUACUUUGACCAAGCCCAGUCCCACCAGAAUGGAGUGUGUGAGGAGGAAGAGCCGGCUGUAGUCAAGGAGACUGAGGAGCAGGCCGUCGACCCAGGUCAAAAUCUUUGACGUUGGCGUUUAGAAAUGUGCACUUUGAGUUAUAAAUUGACCAAGUUAUAUAUUUUCUGUUUGCUAAACUGGUCUCUUUCCAUCCUUAGAAAUGUGCACUUUUUUUUUCUCCCCCAUUUAUUUUUAAAUGACGAAGCAAUACCCAUGUAGCUGUUGGCGAAAGUACACUUUUUAGUUGGUUAAUUUGUAAUCAAGUUGUAAGCAAUACAAAUGUAGUUAGCUUAAGUGCACUUUUCAAAUUUAAUUUGUAAGCAAUACAAAAUGUAGCUGUUAGCUCCUUUUUUACGUUUGUUGUAUUGUAUUUUUGUUAUUUUACCACCACUACAAAUUUCCCAAUUGGGACAAUAAAGAUGUUGGUUGAUUUGAACAUCUUUCGUCCUGCGUUCUGAAAGUUAUUUUUCUCUUUCCAGAGGGAGAAAUAGUUGACGAUUACAUAGAGCCCGUUGAGGUGGAAGCUACAGAGGUGAGAGGACUUCCUACCAUGGGUCGUGUUGAUUUGAGCCUCAUUUUGGCCAAACUUAAAACGAUAAAAAAAAAUGCAUUUUGUGACGGAAAACUAAAAUGAGUGCUUCUUAUUGGACAAAUUUAAUUCAGAUAGUACCGAUCAAUUUCACUGAUUUCAGAGCUUCAUUUUUUCUUCCUUCCGUUUAGUACCUACUGAACACGACCCUUCUAUUUUCAGUUCUUAUGACUUGGCUAGUUUGUGACGGCGGCCAUCUUGUUUCUGUGUUUCAGUUCGUUAACAGACAGUUCAUUCCAGACACCACAUACAGCAGCUGCGACAAGGAGCAAGGAGAUGAGUGGACCUCAGAAACGGAGGUAUGUAUGUAUGCUGCUCGCCUGUUCCUGACCACUACUUCCUACAGUCCACUGGUUUCCUCUCCUCACCAUCACACAGCACUCACUAAAAGCUGAUGGGUACCUUUUUUUCUUUGUUGAUUAAAAAAAUAAAUGAAUUAUGAAUGUUUUUCAGUUUAACAGACAGCAUCUAUUAAAGAUCAGUGUCCAUUGCACAUGCCCCACACAAACUAUAUAUAUGUGUGUGUGUACAAUUGAAGUCAGAGGUUUACAUACACCUUAGCCAAAUACAUUUAAACUCAGUUUUUCACAAUUCCUGACAUUUUAAUCCUAGUAGAAAUUCCCUGUCUUAGGUCAGUUAGGAUCACCACUUUAUUUUAAGAAUGUGAAAUGUCAGAAUAAUAGUAGAGAAUGAUUUAUUUCAGCUUUCAUUUCUUUCAUCACAUUCCCAGUGGGUCAGAAGUUUACAUGCACUCAAUUAGUAUUUGGUAGCAUUGCCUUUCAAUUGUUUAACUUGGGUCAGACGUUUCGGGUAGCCUUCCACAAGCUUCCCACAAUAAGUUGGGUGAAUUUUGGCCCAUUCCUCCUGACAGAGCUGGUGUAACUGAGUCAGAUUUGUAGGCCUCCUUGCUCGCACACGCUUUUUCAGUUCUGCCCACAAAUGUUCUACAGGAUUGAGGUCAGGGCUUUGUGAUGGCCACUCCAAUACCUUGACUUUGUUGUCCUUAAGCAAACCGGAGUCUGGCUUUUUUAUGGCGGUUUUGGAGCAGUGGCUUCUUCCUUGCUGAGCGGCCUUUCAGGUUAUGUCGAUAUAGGACUCGUUUUACUGUGGAUAUAGGUACUUUUGUACCUGUUUCCUCCAGCAUCUUCACAAGGUCCUUUGCUGUUGUUCUGGGAUUGAUUUGCACUUUUCGCACCAAAGUACGUUCAUUUCUAGGAGACAGAAUGCGUCUCCUUCCUGAGCUGUAUGACGGCUGCGUGGUCCCAUGGUGUUUAUACUUGCGUACUAUUGUUUGUACAGAUGAACGUGGUACCUUCAGGCGUUUGGAAAUUGCUCCCAAGGAUGAACCAGACUUGUGGAGGUCUACACACUUUUUUCUGAGGUCUUGGCUGAUUUCUUUUGAUUUUCCCAUGUCAAGAAAAGAGGCACUGAGUUUGAAGGUAGGCCUUGAAAUACAUCCACAGGUACAUCUCCAAUUGACUCAAAUGAUGUCAAUUAGCCUAUCAGAAGCUUCUAAAGCCAUGACAUAAUUUUCUGGAAUUUUCCAAGCAUUUUAAAGGCACAGUCAAUUUAGUGUAUGUAAACUUCUGACCCACUGGAAUUGUGAUACAGUGAAAUAAUCUGUCUGUAAACAAUUGUUGGAAAAAUGACUUGUGUCAUGCACAAAGUAGAUGUCCUAACCGACUUGCCAAAACUAUAGUUUGUUAACACGACAUUUGUGGAGUGGUAGAAAAACGAGUUUUAAUGACUCCAACCUAAGUGUACGUAAACUUCCGACUUCAACUGUAUAUAUGCGCGCUUUGAACAUUGUAUUUGGGAAAGUAGUCAGGUAGGUUGUAGACACGGUUGGGGAGUAACGGGGUUAACUGAUUUUUGUAACUGAUUACAAAAAACGAACUAUUCCGUUACAUUACCAGCUAAAAUAUUGUAAUCAGAUUAUAUACUUUUGAAAAACUAGAUUACGUCUAGGAUUACUUUUAAAUUCAGAAAGGGUUUUUGCGCAAAAGUUGACACCUUUCUGUUUUCUCAAUGACAUUCAAAUCAGCAUUGAAAAAAAGGUGCACGUUAAGUUUGUUCCAACUGAGCGAAUCUGACCACAAGCUAAAGGACUGAUGACACCAAAUGCGUUUGUAUGGAUCGCGGGAAAAUCACAGGAAUAGGGUUUUGUAAACUACAGUCCAAGCGAUGUCUUCCAAUGGUGCGACUGCUGUCGGCAUCCAAACAUUAUCCCAUUUUAAAUAAAAGCUUGGAGGAACGCAGUGGCGUAGCCUACGGGCGAUAAGGAUAUCACUUACUAUUGAUAUCUACAUAGCAGCAGUGUGACUCACGUCAAUGCGCUUUCUCAUUUGGGUAUUGUUGUAGAUGGCUGUUCAUAAAUGUGUGUUUAUUUUAACCGAUUAAUGGUUGAACUGAAUACGUUUUUAAAUUGCCUAUCAAUCAUUGUUUUUGCAGCCAGUGAAAAAUGCGCUCUUGCAACAGCUGCAUAGUGCGGAACCUAGCCUAUGGAAUAAAAGUUUGAGUUCCUCUCUUCUAAACUCCUCCAUGGUAUUUUGCUCCACACUGUCAUAACCACGUUUAGUUUAAGAAGACAACGAGGGGGGAUUUUAUUGCUCAAUUUAAUUUGCGCCGAUUCCAAAAAAAAAGAAAAUGUCCAUAGACCUAACGGACACAUGUUGAAACUCUCGCAAAUUAUCGAGAUAUCAAAGGGUCACCAACAAAAAGGAAAUAAUAGCUCUAAUGCAAAUAGCGCCUCCUGGAGCUCAGUUGGUAGAGCAUGGCGCUUGCAACGCCAGGGUUGUGGGUUCGAUUCCCACGGGGGGCCAGUAUAAAAAAAAAAAAAUGUAAGCACUCACUAUAACUAAGUCGCUCCAGAGCGUCUGCUAAAUGACUAAAAUGUAAAAAUAGCACUUUUUGGUAUUGCUCAAAGCAUGCCAUUCCAUGAGGGCAGCAUUUUAUUUUUCAACUGGAAGCAGUAAGCCCAAUCAGUCCUUAGUUUUUGAGUUAUGCUCAGGUCAGACAAUGUGGUCCUAAUCUAUUUCCAAGUCCCUAUUUUUGAAGACCAAGGGUUAUUAAAUUAAUUAUGACUGGAAAUCUGACACUUUUAUUUUUUUAUUUAUUUUAUGUAAAGAUGUAGCCUAAUGGUAUUAUCUGUAGUAGAAAGCAAUGGGUUAGAAGAAGCCUACAUCACCAACACAAAGUAAAAUGCAACAUUGAUUUAUGGUCAUUUACAUUUUAGUCAUUUAGUAGACGCUCUUAUCCAGAGCGACUUAGUUAGUGAGUGCAUACAUUUUCAUACUGGCCCCCCCCGUGGGAAUCGAACCCACAACCCUGACGUUGCAAGCGCCGUGCUCUACCAACUGAGCUACAUGGGGAUUACAAUUUUGGACCGGUAACUAACGGAUUACAUUUAGAAAGUUCCCUACCCAGGUUGUAGAGUGCCAGUUACAGGUCAUCCUAGGGUUGCAAAAUUCUGAAAAUGUUCCCUUUUUUUUAAAGAGAUCUUGUUUAUAGGCCGGAAAGUUUCCGGAGAUUUGCAACCCCAGGUCCUCCCGGGUUACCAUGACAGCUACUGACCAUACUCCUCCCUUUUCAGGAGGGGAGUGCCAUCCUGCAACAGCCUGUACAGUCGGCCCCUCCCCCCAUCGUCACGGAGGCCCAACCCCUGAACGGGGCCGCACCCACAGGCACGCCCCCUGCAAACUCGGUGGUCAGGAAGCAGGUGGUCCAGGACCUCUUGUCACAGAUGCAGGGGCCUUACAACUUCAUGCAGGUGAGGAUUUGAACAACAACCCUCUUUUUUUUAAGACUGUUAUCCCACAGAGCUAAAGCCUAGGCAUUAGCUCUGACUGGUGACUGGUCACAGAUGCAGGGGCCUUACAACUCCAUGCAGGUAAAGAAGCUGAGCUGCCUUCAAGACUAUUCAGAUUGAGAACUUUUAAUGUCCUCGAGCCAAUUUAUUUUGCAGCAGUCAAAGUGCAUACAGACAACAUCACAUAUUAAAAUGUAAAACACAACAGGAAAAAAAGCAAGGGAUAUUUACAAAAAGUCGGCAGGAUCGUGCAACGUUCUUUAAAAUUAGGGCCGGGACCAUGCCAGUAUCACCAGACUCGUUAGUAUCGUGGCGAGGAAACAAAACACAAAGCCGAUUUUAACAUCUUUAGGAAAACAGCCCUAAUGUUGCAAUCAAACAUCAUUAUGUUGUCAUCCAGAGUCACAUUUUAUUUUCUAAGCUAUAGCACACCAUAUUUUACAUACAGCAGGUUUUUAAAGGACCAAAGAGUUUGGUCUGCUUCAUGUUUUCAUUUUUGCCGUGUAAAAAAAUAUUGCUAUACCGGUAUCGUCACAGCCCUACUUAAAAUGUCUUGAGUAAGGCUGGGCCUAUCUAAAUGUGCAUGUCAAAGUGCUUAGUGAUUUUAAAGUGCAUAUUCAUCCAACACCUUGUUCAUUUGAAGUAUUGCACUGGGAAUAAAAUAAUUUCUGGCCUUUGUUGGUUUUUACUUUUGGAUGCCUGUACCUGUAGCCAGAGGGGAGUGGGUGGGAAGAGUCUGACGUAAAAAAAUAUAUACAUGUAUUUCAAUAUACAAAUAUCACAAGACCAAAUGAAAGUAAAUAAUAAAUCAAACCAGUGAGACAGAAGUAUAUUACACUAUAGACAAGUUACAUUUUGACAAAUACUGUAGACACUGAUUUGCUAUUUAUACCUUUUCAGGGAUGUUAUAUAAUCAAUUAUAAAAAAAUAUUGAGAAGGUUUUUUUUAUUUUACCGUGAACUUCAUUUUAUGGAUGCCUUUUCCAAACAAAAAGUAACAUUCACAAUGUAUUGGCAGUCACUGUGCGUGUAUGUCAAAUAAAAAAUAACAUUUGGUAAUGCUUACAGGAUUGCCCAUCUUAUCGCUAAUAUAGCUUGCCUUUUACAAGACCCUGGCGCUUGCCUACGGAGCAGCAAGGUGAACUGCGCCUCCUUACCUUCAGGCUAUGCUCAAACCCUACAUCCCAACCAUCUCUGGUCUCUUGGCCCUCCCACCCCUACGAGAGGGAAGCCCCCGCUCAGCCCAGUCAAAGCUCUUCUCUGUCCUGGCACCCCAAUGGUGGAACAAGUCCCUGCCCAUCUUCUUCGGAAAACGUCUGAAACCUCUCUUUAACGAGUAUCCCCCGAAAAGGCACUGGUCUUCUCAUACUAGCACUGACUUCGAUGGAAAAUGAACUUGAUAUGAUUGUGACGUGUUGUCUCACCUAGCCAUCUUAAGAUGAAUGCACGAAUUGUAAGUCACUCUGGAUAAGAGCGUCUGCUAAAUUACUAAAAUGUAAAUGUGGUCCGCUGUAGCUCAAUUUUACAUUUGACAUUUUUGUCAUUUAGCAGACGCUCUUAUCCAGAGCGACUUACAAAUUAUGGUAGAGCAUGGCGCUUGUAACGCCAGGGUAGUGGGUUCAAUCCCCCGGACCACCCAUACGUAAAAAUGUAUGCACACAUGACUGUAAGUCGCUUUGGAUAAAAGCGUCUGCUAAAUUGCUUAUUAUUAUUAUUAUUAUUAUAUAUUUUCAUAUCUGUCCAAUAUUUCACUAUGCAAACAAUCACAGAAUAAAUGCUCUAUAGUCUAAUUUUCCAAUCCACUAAAGCUGCAUCCAUUUUCUACUUUAAUUGAAAAUUUAGAAAUAAGACUAUCACAAGGAAAACAUCUGUGAAGGAUCUUGUAAGAGACUUCCCUCACUUUACUAGUGAUCAAAUGUAUGUGGAUUAGUCCAUACAUGCUGCCAUUUCACAUCCAAACGAAGAUGCCCAUUGGAAAACUUCCUGUUAAUAAUUUCUGACAAAAGUGUUGUAAAAUGUCUAAUCUAUUGAUGCCAUUUUUAAUUUCUACACUCGCUAACUUGGUGCAUGUAAUGAAAAGCUUGAUCGAUCCUUCAGUAAAUAUGGAGCAUUCAUUAAAAUGUCAUUCUUUACACAACGUAGUUAGUUAUUUGGCUAAUAAUUCAUUGCAAGUAUAAAGAUUACCAUUUAUGAUGUUAUUGGCAAACCAAUUAUCUAAUAUCACUGUUAUUAAAUACCUCUUAAUCCUCUUCACCUUUUUGUAGGCGGAUUAAACAGCGUAAAAUCUAAAACAUUAAGACCACCAUCACACAUCUUGUUGAUACACUUCCUGAUCUUGUCUUAUUUUUCCAAAUGAAAUGGAGUAAUCAUUUUCGAGAGUGGUACACGUAUACUUGGUAAAAAAGAUAAGAAGCUCGAGGUAGCUUAGUGGUUAAGAGCGUUGUGCCAGUAACCGAAAGGUCGCUGGUUCUAAUCCCCGAGCCGACUAGGUGAAAAAUCUGCCGAUGUGCCCUUGAGCAAGGCACUUAACCCUAAUUGCUCCUGUAAGUCGCUCUGGAUAAGAGCGUCUGCUAAAUGACUAAAAUGUAAAAAAAAAAAAAAAAAAAAAAAAACUUCUUCCUUUGACAGGAACUCUACCCUGAAGAGAGAUCUCUUGUCAAGCAUUAAUUACAUCUAUUUUUAUAGAUUUAGUUUCCUCUCCUUCUGCAGGGCUCUGUACAGAUGACAGGUCUUCUUGUUGCUGCCCCAUGAUUUUACCUCAAUCUGACUUUUUUGGGGGGGUGAAUUUAGUUUCUGAACCAGCAGGUCAGGCAGUAGCAUAGGAUACUUUCCACCAAUGACUUAUGAUAGUGCAGUCAACAUUAAAGUUACAUUUCUGGAGGAAAUACAAUCCCUGUUGCCCUUUAUUUAAAAGUGUCAGUACACUGAUCCCAGGACAGCCCGAGGUAUUUUGUAGUCCUCUGUGAUUUCUAUAGGCUCGCCUUUCAGUAUUGAUGUUUUGCGUGGUGGAGUUGCGUCAAGUCGAUCACCAUCUCCUUUAUUUCAAAUCAAAUUGUAUUUGUCACAUACACGUGUUUUAGCAGAUGUUUUUUGAUAUGUUCCGUGUUAGAUGGGACGACGACACACCAGGCCGCGAAAUCGUACAGUCUCAUCCCCUUCGACUAUGUUAGGCUGCUGAGCUAAAGCCUAGGCAUUCUCUCCGUUAAGCGCUCAGCUGCCCUCUAGCAGGUAAAACUGUGGUGCAGAUUAACGGAUGGGCAUUUGAAAUAAUUGUCUUAUUCGAGUAAUAUCAACAACAACAAAAAUUUGAUAUCUGGAAAGUCAACAUUUUGCUCUUGACUCUUGACCAAUUAGAAUGACGCAAACGCUGCUUUUCUUCGUAGAUUGGCUAAACGCAACAGCAAAAGAGAUCUGAUUUUCGCCAUGAUAGAACUGAUUUCUGUUACAAAAAGCUUUUUCGGUGAGUGUUUUGCAUUGAUCUGUGUCGGGUAUUGUGGAAACUCCGUUCGAUGAGCGCCUGUAAUUGCUAUUUGAAGUGGGGAAAAUAACACGCUGAUAUCCAGAUAUUCGAUUUAACCGUGCCCAUCCCUAGUACAGAUAUGGAGCAUUGCACCAAGUCUUUCCUGAUUCCUUCUAGCUGGUUGACUGGUACAGAGAUGGAGCAUUGUGCUUCUAGCUGGUUGACUGUGGUACAGAGAUGGAGCAUUGUGCUUCUAGCUGGUUGACUGGUACAGAGAUGGAGCAUUGUGCUUCUAGCUGGUUGACUGUGGUACAGACAUGGAGCAUUGUGCUUCUAGCUGGUUGACUGUGAUACAGAGAUGGAGCAUUGUGCUUCUAGCUGGUUGACUGUGAUACAGAGAUGGAGCAUUGUGCUUCUAGCUGGUUGACUGUGGUACAGAGAUGGAACAUUGUGCUUCUAGCUGGUUGACUGUGGUACAGAGAUGGAGCAUUGUGCUUCUAGCUGGUUGACUGUGAUACAGAGAUGGAACAUUGUGCUUCUAGCUGGUUGACUGUGGUACAGAGAUGGAGCAUUGUGCUUCUAGCUGGUUGACUGUGGUACAGAGAUGGAGCAUUGUGCUUCUAGCUGGUUGACUGUGGUACAGAGAUGGAACAUUGUGCUUCUAGCUGGUUGACUGUGGUACAGAGAUGGAGCAUUGUGCUUCUAGCUGGUUGACUGGUACAGAGAUGGAACAUUGUGCUUCUAGCUGGUUGACUGGUACAGAGAUGGAACAUUGCUUCUAGCUGGUUGACUGUGGUACAGAGAUGGAACAUUGUGCUUCUAGCUGGUUGACUGGUACAGAGAUGGAGCAUUGUGCUUCUAGCUGGUUGACUGUGGUACAGAGAUGGAGCAUUGUGCUUCUAGCUGGUUGACUGUGGUACAGAGAUGGAACAUUGUGCUUCUAGCUGGUUGACUGUGGUACAGAGAUGGAGCAUUGUGCUUCUAGCUGGUUGACUGGUACAGAGAUGGAACAUUGUGCUUCUAGCUGGUUGACUGGUACAGAGAUGGAACAUUGCUUCUAGCUGGUUGACUGUGGUACAGAGAUGGAACAUUGUGCUUCUAGCUGGUUGACUGGUACAGAGAUGGAGCAUUGUGCUUCUAGCUGGUUGACUGUGGUACAGAGAUGGAGCAUUGUGCUUCUAGCUGGUUGACUGUGGUACAGAGAUGGAGCAUUGUGCUUCUAGCUGGUUGACUGUGGUACAGAGAUGGAACAUUGUGCUUCUAGCUGGUUGACUGUGGUACAGAGAUGGAACAUUGUGCUUCUAGCUGGUUGACUGGUACAGAGAUGGAGCAUUGUGUCAUGUCUUGAUUCCUUAUGUCCUUGAUCCUUUGCCGCCUCCUAAAAAAAAAAUCCAUUGGAGGAGAAGGCCUGAGGUUCCUCUCUUUGGACGUGAUGAUCAAGGAAUCAAAGAUGUGAGGAAUCAAGGAAGCAUUUUUGAUAUUCAGCCAUAACUGUUUUAUUCUUCCUGCUUCAGGACUCUAUGCUGGAGUUUGAUGGGCAGCCCAUCGACCCAGCCAUCGUAUCAGCCCAGCAUAUCGACCCAGCCAUCGUGUCAGCCCAGCAUAUCGACCCAGCCAUCGUGUCAGCCCAGCAUAUCGACCCAGCCAUCGUGUCAGCCCAGCACAUCGACCCAGCCAUCGUGUCAGCCCAGCACAUCGACCCAGCCAUCGUGUCAGCCCAGCAUAUCGACCCAGCCAUCAUGUCAGCCCAGCAUAUCGACCCAGCCAUCGUGUCAGCCCAGCCCAUGAAGGCUCCAGCACAGAACAUGGACCUGCCUCAGAUGGGCUGUCCCCCAGUCCACCCAGAAUCACGCCUCUCACCACACAACACUGUUCCCCUACAGCCUGAGCCCACGCAAGUGAGUACUGGGGUUACAUUACAUUUACAUUUAAGUCAUUUAGCAGACGCUCUUAUCCAGGACGACUUACAGGAGCAAUUAGGGUUAAGUGCCUUGCUCAAGGGCACAUCGGCAGAUUUUUUUACCUAGUCGGCUCGGGGAUUAGAACCAGCGACCUUUCGGUUACUGGCACAACGCUCUUAACCACUAAGCUACCUGCCGCCCUACCACAGCGUGAUAGCACAGUGUCCUUUUUUAAAAAGCAGCAUAACAUGUUGAGAAAUCCCACAGGGCCUGAUGUGACAUACUUUAUCCUCUGGUUCUCCUACUGCUAUCUUGUUUAUUAUUAUCGAUCUCUGUCUGUACUCUGUAUUGUCGACGCUUGCUUGUGGUGAUUAAUCAAUUUCCCUUAGGAAAGGGAUUAUUGAAGCAAAUCAAAUCAAAUUGUAUUUGUCACAUACAGUGGGGAGAACAAGUAUUUGAUACACUGCCGAUCUUUCAGGUUUUCCUACUUACAAAGCAUGUAGAGGUCUGUAAUUUUUUAUCAUAGGUACACUUCAACUGUGAGAGACGGAAUCUAAAACAAAAAUCCAGAAAAUCACAUUGUAUGAUUUUUAAGUAAUUCAUUUGCAUUUUAUUGCAUGACAUAAGUAUUUGAUCACCUACCAACCAGUAAGAAUUCCAGCUCUCACAGACCUGAUAGUUUUUCUUUAAGAAGCCCUCCUGUUCUCCACUCAUUAGCUGUAUUAACUGCACCUGUUUGAACUCGUUACCUGUAUAAAAGACACCUGUCCACACACUCAAUCAAACAGACUCCAACCUCUCCACAAUGGCCAAGACCAGAGAGCUAUGUAAGGACAUCAGGGAUAAAAUUGUAGAUCUGCACAAGGCUGGGAUGGGCUACAGGACAAUAGGCAAACAGCUUGGUGAGAAGGCAACAACUGUUGGCACAAUUAUUAGAAAAUGGAAGAAGUUCAAGAUGACGAUCAAUCACCCUCGGUCUGGGGCUCCAUGCAAGAUCUCACCUCGUGGGGCAUCAAUGAUCAUGAGGAAGGUGAGGGAUCAGCCCAGAACUACACGGCAGGACCUGGUCAAUGACCUGAAGAGAGCUGGGACCACAGUCUCAAAGAUAACCAUUAGUAACACACUACGCCGUCAUGGAUUAAAAUCCUGCAGCGCACGCAAGGUCCCCUUGCUCAAGCCAGCGCAUGUCCAGGCCCGUCUGAAGUUUGCCAAUGACCAUCUGGAUGAUCCAGAGGAGGAAUGGGAGAAGGUCAUGUGGUCUGUUGAGACAAAAAUAGAGAUUUUUGGUCUAAACUCCACUCGCCUUUCGUUUGGAGGAAGAAGGAUGAGUACAACCCCAAGAACACCAUCCCAACCGUGAAGCAUAGAGGUGGAAACAUCAUUCUUUGGGGAUGCUUUUCUGCAAAGGGGACAGGACAACUGCACCGUAUUGAGGGGAGGAUGGAUGGGGCCAUGUAUCGUGAGAUCUUGGCCAACAACCUCCUUCCCUCAGUAAGAGCAUUGAAGAUGGGUCGUGGCUGGGUCUUCCAGCAUGACAACGACCCGAAACACACAGCCAGGGCAAAUAAGGAGUGGCUCCGUAAGAAGCAUCUCAAGGUCCUGGAGUGGCCUAGCCAGUCUCCAGACCUGAACCCAAUAGAACAUUUUGGAGGGAGCUGAAAGUCCGUAUUGCCCAGCGACAGCCCCGAAACCUGAAGGAUCUGGAGCAGGUCUGUAUGGAGGAGUGGGCCAAAAUCCCUGCUGCAGUGUGUGCAAACCUGGUCAAGACCUACAGGAAACGUAUGAUCUCUGUAAUUGCAAACAAAGGUUUCUGUACCAAAUAUUAAGUUCUGCUUUUCUGAUGUAUCAAAUACUUGUGUCAUGCAAUAAAAUGCAAAUUAAUUACUUAAAAAUCAUACAAUGUGAUUUUCUGGAUUUUUGUUCCGUCUCUCACAGUUGAAGUGUACCUAUGAUAAAAAUUACAGACCUCUACAUGCAUUGUAAGUAGGAAAACCUGCAAAAUCAGCAGUGUAUCAAAUACUUGUUCUCCCCACUGUACGUGUUUAGCAGACGUUAUAGCUGGUGUAGCGAAACGCUUGUGCUUCUAGCUCCGACAGUGCAGUAAUAUCGAAAAAAGUAAUAUCUAACAACAAAGUUUCCUAAGAGCUAGUCGCGAGUACUACUGUCCUAAGGUGCGGAAGAAGUGUGAUGUCUGAUCAGUCCCCUGUUCCCCCCCUAGGUCCCCAUGUUGUCCCCCACGCCUGACGUCUACUCCACGCCACCUCCCAUGUACCGCUCGUCACACACGCCAGAACCCCGACCACAGACUGACUCCAUCGACACCAUCCAGGUAAAUAAAGGAAGGCCCGGAAAAUCGUUAAGACUCCAGCCACCCAAGCCAUAGACUGUUCUCUCUGCUUCUGCACGGCAAGUGGUACCGGUGCAUCAAGUCUAGCACCAACAGGCUCCUGAACAGUGGGGGAAAAAGGUACACCCAAACGCGCUUCAGCCCAGUUUAAACGAAAAAGGGGGGGAAUCGGGUAGGGAAAGGGUGGGAGGCGCCUAUACACCCUCACAGGGGAGUGUCCCGUUCGUCAUGUCGGUACUGUCAGUAGUAGUAGCAACUAGACGGGUUAUUCAAACGAGAAUGAUCAUCAUUGAAGAUUCCUACACGUUCACGCCACCUGAAUAAAUAAAAAAAGACGGAGAAACAGAUUUACAGAAAGAUAAGAAAGACGGCUGUUCAUUCAGAGCCUUUUGUCUCGACACAAUCGAAGCAGUCGAUCCAAAUUGCCCCCCUCUGUAACAAUUUCCUCACAAUAUUGCAAUAUCACGCUUUUUAUCCGCCCUGUAUUCAGAUUUCUCACGUUUGUCUGUUUUGGUGAGGGGGAGCUCUAAUCGUCUCGUGCUCGCUUGUGAGCCAUGUUGAGGAGACUCUCACUGAAGCAGUGUUCCAGAAACCUAUUUUUCAUGAUUUCAGCUUUAGUCUCAAAAUCAUUUGCCUUAGUCUAAGGCGGUGGUCACCAACCUUUUUCUGAAAGAUUACUUUCGUAGUAAAAAAAAAGCCGAGAUCUUACCGCUGAGAUGUAAGAAUAAAUAAAAUAAUAAUAAUAAAACAAAUAAAGGAAAAAUAAACAUUACUUAAAAAAUGCAAGGCUAUGCAACAUUAACAUUAAUAAAAACAGUUUUGUAGGAAUGAGGAUUGUGCAGUUGGCCUAAUACGUUAUCACAGCAUAUUGGCUAUAUGCCUGGCCUGCCAAUAUUGUUCUCGGACCAUACUAUAUUUCAAAACCAGACGCUUUGAUAACAAAAUAGAUCAGUUGUUGUAUCACUUGCGAAGCACAGCUGAGCAUAAAUAUAAAUACAUUGCUCAAAAAAAUAAAGGGAACACUAAAAUAACACAUCCUAGAUCUGAAUGAAUGAAAUAAUCUUAUUAAAUACUUUUUUCUUCACAUAGUUGAAUGUGCUGACAACAAAAUCACAAAAAAUUAUCAAUGGAAAUGAAAUGUACAGUGGGGAAAAAAAGUCACCAAUUGUGCAAGUUCUCCCACUUAAAAAGAUGAGAGGCCUGUAAUUUUCAUCAUAGGUACACAUCAACUAUGACAGACAAAAUGAGAAAACAAAAUCCAGAAAAUCACAUUGUAGGAUUUUUUUAUUUGCUAAUUAUGCUGGAAAAUAAGUAUUUGGUCAAUAACAAAAGUUUCUCAAUACUUUGUUAUAUACCCUUUGUUGGCAAUGACACAGGUCAAACGUUUUCUGUAAGUCUUCACAAGGUUUUCACACACUGUUGCUGGUAUUUUGGCCCAUUCCUCCAUGCAGAUCUCCUCUAGAGCAGUGAUGUUUUGGGGCUGUCGCUGGGCAACACAGACUUUCAACUCCCUCCAAAGAUUUUCUAUGGGGUUGAGAUCUGGAGACUGGCUAGGCCACUCCAGGACCUUGAAAUGCUUCUUACGAAGCCACUCCUUCGUUGCCCGGGCCGUGUGUUUGGGAUCAUUGUCAUGCUGAAAGACCCAGCCACAUUUCAUUUUCAAUGCCCUUGCUGAUGGAAAGGGGUUUCACUCAAAAUCUCACGAUACAUGGCCCCAUUCAUUCUUUCCUUUACACGGAUCAGUCGUCCUGGUCCCUUUGCAGAAAAACAGCCCCAAAGCAUGAUGUUUCCACCCCCAUGCUUCACAGUAGGUAUGGUGUUCUUUGGAUGCAACUCAGCAUUCUUUGUCCUCCAAACUUUUUUUUACCAAAAAGUUCUAUUUUGGUUUCAUCUGACCAUAUGACAUUCUCCCAAUCCUCUUCUGGAUCAUCCAAAUGCACUCUAGCAAACUUCAGACUGGCCUGGACAUGUACUGGCUUAAGCAGGGGGACACGUCUGGCACUGCAGGAUUUGAGUCCCUGGCGGCGUAGUGUGUUACUGAUGGUAGGCUUUGUUACUUUGGUCCCAGCUCUCUGCAGGUCAUUCACUAGGUCCCCCCGUGUGGUUCUGGGAUUUUUGCUCACCGUUCUUGUGAUCAUUUUGACCCCACGGGGUGAGAUCUUGCGUGGAGCCCCAGAUCGAGGGUAGAUUAUCAGUGGUCUUGUAUGUCUUCCAUUUCCUAAUAAUUGCUCCCACAGUUGAUUUCUUCAAACCAAGCUGCUUACCUAUUGCAGAUUCAGUCUUCCAAGCCUGGUGCAGGUCUACAAUUUUGUUUCUGGUGUCCUUUGACAGCUCUUUGGUCUUGGCGAUAGUGGAGUUUGGAGUGUGACUGUUUGAGGUUGUGGACAGGUGUCUUUUAUACUGAUAACAAGUUCAAACAGGUGCCAUUAAUACAGGUAACGAGUGGAGGACAGAGGAGCCUCUUAAAGAAGAAGUUACAGGUCUGUGAGAGCCAGUAAUCUUGCUUGUUUGUAGGUGACCAAAUACUUAUUUUCCACCAUAAUUGGCAAAUAAAUUCAUUAAAAAUCCUACAAUGUGAUUUUCUGGAGAGAAAAAAAUCUCAAUUUGUCUGUCAUAGUUGACGUGUACCUAUGAUGAAAAUCACAGGCCUCUCAUCUUUUUAAGUGGGAAAACUUGCACAAUUGGUGGCUGACUAAAUACUUUUUUCCCCCACUGUAUCAACCCAUGGAGGUCUGGAUUUGGAGUCACCCUCAAAAUUAAAGUGGUGUAAUGUCCUUAAAACAAGUCAAAAUGAGGCUCAGUAGUGUGUGUGUGGCCUCCACGUGCCUGUAUGACCUCCCUACAACACCUGGGCAUGCUCCUGAUGAGGUCUAAAGCAUCCGCCAACUCCUGGACAGUCUGUGGUGCAAUGUGGCGUUGGUGGAUGGAGCGAGACAUGAUGUCCCAGAUGUGCUCAAUUGGAUUCAGGUCUGGGGAACGGGCGGGCCAGUCCAUAGCAUCAAUGCCUUCCUCUUGCAGGAACUGCUGACACACUCCAGCCACAUGAGGUCUAGCAUUGUCUUGCAUUAGGAGGAACCCAGUGCCAACCGCACCAGCAUAUGGUCUCACAAGGGGUCUGAGGAUCUCAUCUCGGUACCUAAUGGCAGUCAGGCUACCUCUGGCGAGCACAUGGAGGGCUGUGCGGCCCCCCCAAAGAAAUGCCACCCCACACCAUGACUGACCCACCGCCAAACCGGUCAUGCUGGAGGAUGUUGCAGGCAGCAGAACGACCCCACCUGUGGACGUCGGGCUCUCAUGCCACCCUCAUGGAGUCUGUUUCUGACCGUUUGAGGAGACACAUGCACAUUUGUGGCCUGCUGGAGGUCAUUUUUGCAGGGCUCUGGCAGUGCUCCUCCUGCUCCUCCUUGCACAAAGGCGGAGGUAGCAGUCCUGCUGCUGGGUUGUUGCCCUCCUACGGCCUCCUCCACGUCUCAUGAUGUACUGGCCUGUCUCCUGGUAGCGCCUCCAUGCUCUGGACACUGCUGACAGACACAGCAAACCUUCUUGCCACAGCUCGCAUUGAUGUGCCAUCCUGGAUGAGCUGCACUACCUGAGCCACUUGUGUGGGUUGUGUCUUGCUAAUUGCCUAUAAUUUCCACAUGUUGUCUAUUCCAUUUGCACAACAGCAUGUGAAAUGUAUUGUCAAUCAGUGUUGCUUCCUAAGUGGACAGUUUGAUUUCACAGAAGUGUGAUUGACUUGGAGUUACAUUGUGUUGUUUAAGUGUUCCCUUUAUUUUUUUGAGCAGUGUAAUUUGCUUAUUUCUUUUACUGGACUGAUAGUACCUGCAUCUGAUGGUAUUUGUAUUUAUUAUGGAUCCCCAUUUAGUUCCUGCCAAGGCAGCAGCUACUCUUCCUGGGGUCCAGCAAAAUUAAGGCAGUUAUACAUUACAAUACAUUCAUAACAGAUUUCACAAUAUAUUAAGUGUGUGUCCUCAGGCCUCUACUCUACUACCACUUUAAAUCAUUUUAAAUAUGCUUGCGUUUUGAUGGAAUAAGUUUGAUCAUAGAAAUGGCUACUUAAUUACUGGUACCGCUUUGUGCACUGACCACAGACUGAAAAGUAGUCCAGGUGCUGACAAAACUUGCCUAGACAGGGAUUUUGCCCUCUAGCUGACCUUACAAUAUCCUCAGGUCGGGGUUGUCUAGAGCAUGACUUUCCCAUCCUAGCUAAUGUUUUCUAUAGGUUCAUUGACGACUGACUAGGCCACUCCAGGGUUCAGAGCAAUCUUAGGCCACCUAUUGCCUUGUGUUUGUCAUUACAAUGUGUUGAAGACCGCAGAACGCAUCUUAAUCCUCAAAUACGAUGCUUUAAGUUUUUGAAGAUAUUAGGACUAAUAUUCCUCCACCCCUCAAACUACUGCAGCUCUUGUACCGUUGCGCUCCAAGUUGGUCUGUGCAGCUCAGUUGUAUAGUGUGGUGAUCUGCAUGCAUAGACCACUGCUUUACCUAACCGUUAGUAAAGAUUGAAAAAAGUAAGGGGCCUAGACAGCUGCCCUGGGGAAUUCCUGAUUCUACCUGGAUUUUGUUGGAGAGACUUUCAUUAAAGAACAUCCUCUGUGUUCUGUUUAGACAGGUAACUCUUUAUCCACAAUAUAGCAGGAGGUGUAAAGCCAUGACACAUACGUUUUUCCAGCAGCAGACUAUGAUCGAUAAUGUCAAAAGCUGCACUGAAGUCUAAUAAAACAGCCCCCACAAUCUUUUUAUCAUACAUUUCUCUCAGCCAAUCAUCAGUCAUUUGUGUAAGUUCUGUGCUUGUUGAAUGUCCUUCCCUAUAAGCGUGCUGAAAGUCUGUCAAUUUGUUUACUGUAAAAUAGCAUUUUAUCUGGUUUUACUAAGGGGUUGGUAACAGGCUGCUUGGUCGGCUAUUUGAGCCAGUUAAGGGGGCUUUACUAUUCUUAGGUAGGGGAAUAACUUUUGCUUCCCUCCAUCUUUGUUUCAUAGUGUAGUUUAUUCUUUUUAUUCAGUUUAGUCACAUUAUUUCUCAAUUUGCAGUACGUUUGCCAAAUCGGUUGUACAGCAGACCUAUUUGCAUCUCUUUUGCUCAUCCCUCUCAAUCAUACCAUUUUUAAUUCCUCAUCAAUCCACGGGAUCUAACGUUUUACAGACUUUUCUUAAUGGGUGCAUGCUUAUUAGUAAAACCGGAUAAGCAAUUCAUAAAUGUGUUCAGUGCAGCGUCUGGUUUGUCGUCAUUACACACCACGGACCAACAAAUAUUAUUUACAUCAACAACUAGGAACACUACGAAACGGGAUUUUAUUUAAACCCCUUUUACACAUAUGGCCCAAUCAAAGUUAGGUGCAGUUUCAUUUGGCCCAUCCUCCAUAGACCUUCUCAUUCCUCAGGUUUCGGGGCUGUCGCUGGCAUUACGGACUUUCAGCUCCCUCCAAAGAUUUUCUAUUGGGUUCAGAUCUGGAGACUGGCUAGGCCACUCCAGGACCUUGAGAUGCUUCUUACGGAGCCACUCCUUAGUUGCCCUGGCUGUGUGUUUCGGGUCGUUGUCAUGCUGGAAGACCCAGCCACGACCCAUCUUCAAUGCUCUUACUGAGGGAAGGAGGUUGUUGGCCAAGAUCUCGUGAUACAUGGCCCCAUCCAUCCUCCCCUCAAUACGGUGCAGUCGUCCUGUCCCCUUUGCAGAAAAGCAUCCCCAAAGAAUUAUGUUUCCACCUCCAUGCUUCACGGUUGUGAUGGUGUUCUUGGGGUUGUACUCAUCCUUCUUCUUCCUCCAAACACAGCGAGUGGAGUUUAGACCAAAAAGCUCUAUUUUUGUCUCAUCAGACCACAUGACCUUCUCCCAUUCCUCCUCUGGAUCAUCCAGAUGGUCAUUGGCAAACUUCAGACGAGCCUGGACAUGCGCUGGCUUGAGCAGGGGGACCUUGCGUGCGCUGCAGGAUUUUAAUCCAUGACGGCGUAGUGUGUUACUAAUGGUUUUCUUUGAGAUUGUGGUCCCAGCUCUCUUCAGGUCAUUGACCAGGUCCUGCCGUGUAGUUCUGGGCUGAUCCCUCACCUUCCUCAUGAUCAUUGAUGCACCACGAGGUGAGAUCUUGCAUGGAGCCCCAGACCGAGGGUGAUUGACUGUCAUCUUGAACUUCUUCCAUUUUCUAAUAAUUGCGCCAACAGUUGUUGCCUUCUCACCAAGCUGCUUGCCUAUUGUCCUGCAGCCCAUCCCAGCCUUGUGCAGGUCUACAAUUUUAUCCCUGAUGUCCUUACACAGCUCUCUGGUCUUGGCCAUUGUGGAGAGGUUGGAGUCUGUUUGAUUGAGUGUGUGGGCAGGUGUCUUUUAUACAGGUAACGAGUUCAAACAGGUGCAGUUAAUACAGGUAAUGAGUGGAGAACAGGAGGGCUUCUUAAAGAAAAACUAACAGGUCUGUGAGAGACGGAAUUCUUACUGGUUGGUAGGUGAUCAAAUACUUAUGUCAUGCAAUAAAAUGCAAAUUAACUACUUAAAAAUCAUACAACGUGAUUUUCUGGAUUUUUGUUUUAGAUUCCGUCUCUCACAGUUGAAGUGUACCUAUGAUAAAAAUUACAGACCUCUACAUGCUUUGUAAGUAGGAAAACCUGCAAAAUCGGCAGUGUAUCAAAUACUUGUUCUCCCCACUGUAUCUAUAACACAAAAUACAUGUGUGUAUAGUAAGUAUGUUAUCGUGUGUUUGUAUGCAUGUCUAUGUUUGUGUUGCUUCACAGUCCCCGCUGUUCCAUAAGGUCUAUUUUUAUCUGUUUUUUUAAAUCAAGUUUUAGUGCUGGCUUGAGUUACUUGAUGUGGAAUAGAGUUCCAUGUAGUCAUGGCUCUAUGUAGUACUGUGCGCCUCUUUGUGGCACCUGACCACACGACUGAACAGUAGUCCAGGUGCGACAAAACUAGGGCCUGUAGGACCUGCCUUGUUGAUAGUGCUGUUAAGAAUGCAGAGCAGCGCUUUAUUAUAGACAGACUUCUCCCCAUCCUAGCUACUGUUGUAUCAAUAUGUUUUGACCAUGACAGUUUACAAUCCAGGGUUACUCCAAGCAAUUUAGUCUCCUCAACUUGCUCAAUUUCCACAUUAUUCAUUACAAGAUUUAGUUGAGGUUUAGGGUUUAGUAAAGGAUUUGUCCCGAAUACAAUGCUUUUAUUUUUUGAAAUAUUUAGGACUAACUUAUUCCUUGCCACCCAUUCUAAAACUAACUGCAGCUCUUUGUUAAGUGUUGCAGUCAUUUCAGUCGCUGUAGUAGCUGACAUGUAUAGUGUUGAGUCAUCUGCAUACAUAGACACACUGGCUUUACUCAAAGCCGUUAGUAAAGAUUGAAAAAAGUAAGGGGCCUAGACAGCUGCCCUGGGGAAUUCCUGAUUCUACCUGGAUUAUGUUGGGUAGGCUUCCAUUAAAGAACACCCUCUGUGUUCUGUUAGACAGGUAACUCUUUAUGUGUAAAGCCAUAACACAUACGUUUUUCCAGCAGCAGACUAUGAUCGAUAAUGUCAAAAGCUGCACUAAAGUCUAAUAAAACAGCCCCCACAAUAUUUUUAGCAUACAUUUCUCUCAGCCAAUCAUCAGUCAUUUGUGUAAGUGCUGUGCUUGUUGAAUGUUCUUCCCUAUAAGCGUGCUGAAAGUCUGUCAAUUUGUUUACUGUAAAAUAGCAUUUUAUCUGGUUUACUAAGGGUUGGUAACAGGCUGCUUGGUCGGCUAUUUGAGCCAGUUAAGGGGGCUUUACUAUUCUUAGGUAUGGGAAUGACACUUGCUUCCCUCCAUCUUUGUUUCAUAGUGUAGUUUCUUCUUUUUAUUCAGUUUAGUCACAUGAUUUCUCAAUUUGCAGUACGUUUGCCAAAUCGGUUGUACAGCCAGACCUAUUUGCCAUCUCUUUUGCCUCAUCCCUCUCAAUCAUACCAUUUUUUAAUUCCUCAUCAAUCCACGGGGAUUUAACUGUUUUUACAGACAUUUUCUUAAUGGGUGCAUGCUUAUUAGUAACUGGGAUAAGCAAUUUCAUAAAUGUGUCAAGUGCAGCGUCUGGUUGCUCGUCAUUACACACCACGGACCAACAAAUAUUCUUCACAUCAACAACAUAGGAAUCACUACAAAACUUAUUGUAUGACCUCAUGCACAAUAUUAGGCCCAGCCUUCGGAACUUUGGUUUUCCUAGAUAUGGCUACUAUAUUGUGAUCACUACAUCCGAUGGAUUUGGAUACUGCUUUCAAGCACAUUUCUGCAGCAUUAGUAAAGAUAUGAUCAAUACAUGUUGAUUAUUUAAUUCCUGUGCUGUUUGUAACUACCCUGGUAGGUUGACUGAUAACCUGAACCAGGUUGCAGGCACUGGUUACAGUUUGAAGCUUUCUCUUGAGUGGACAGCCUGAUGGCGGCAGGUAGCUUAGUGGGUAAGAGCGUUGUGCCAGUAACCGAAAGGUCGCUGGUUCUAAUCCCCGAGCCGACUAGGUGAAAAAUCUGUCGAUGUGCCCCUGAGCAAGGCACUUAACCCUAAUUGCUCCUGUUAAGUCGCUCUGGAUAAGAGCGUCUGCUAAAUGACAAAAAAAAAAGAAAAAAAAAAAAGAAAGCCAGUCAAUAUUUAAAUCACCCAGAAAGUAUACCUCUCUAUUGAUAUCACACAUUAUCAAGCAUUUCACACAUGUUAUCCAGAUACUGACUGUUAGCACUUGGUGGUAUUUAGCAGCUUCCCAGCAGAAUGGGCUUUAGGUGAGGCAGGUGAACCUGUAGCCAUAUUACUUCAACAGUAUUUAACAUGAGAUCCUCUCUAAGCUUUACAGGGAUGUGGUUCUGAAUAUAGACCGCAACACCGCCCCCAUUGGCAUUUCUGUAUAUGUUAUAACCUUGUAUUGCUACCACUGUGUCAUCAAAGGUAUUAUCUAAGUGAGUUUCAGAGAUUGUCAGAAUAUGAAUGUCAUCUGUUACUAGCAAAUUAUUGAUUUCAUGAACCUUGUUUCUUAAGCUGCAUAUGUUAACGUGGGCUAUUUUAAACCCUUUUCUGGGAUGAUUGAAUAUUUUUCUUGCUUUACUGGGAAGCUUAGCAGAGGUAGACAUACUCAGGUUAUUUCUAUUAGUGCAGGGUGAGCUGCACACAGUGGACUUCCUACUAGGGCACACCACCUCCGUGCUAACAAUAUUACUCUGGUUCAUAGGCACAGGACUCCUGCAUACAAUAGCUGUAGGAUCAGCAGAGGCAUUCAGGGCAGUAAGAGGGACAUAAAUUAGGUUAUUUACAUUGUGUCUUCCAACGCCCCUAGGAUAAUGUACAUUUGCUGAAUCAUUAUGGCAACUCAGUGACACAAUGGUAGGGAUUAAAUGAGCUGGACUUGGGUCAUUGAUAAGUCAUUGUCUCAACGCAGCCUUUAUAAUGCUGUGAAAGGAUCCAGGAACCCAAAUGAUUUGGGUGGAUCCCAUCCUCCUUAUAAUACAAGCUUUGUUUCCAGAAGGUAUCAAAAUUGUCAAUAUAUGUUACACCCACAGAGCUGCAAUAGUCUCGUAGCCAGUUAUGGAGGGAUAAAAGUCUGCUGAACUGUUCAAUGCCACGAUUUAGGGAGGGCAGAGGGCCAGAUAUUAUGGGGCAUUUGUUGGUGUCAAGUAGAGACCCAAUCUUUAAAAUCCAUCUUCAGCUGUUCUGAGCUGCCCUUCAUAAUGUCAUUUGACCCCACAUGAACCAUGACAGGUCUAAGGAAUUGACCAGUAGGAAUAUUGUGUUUUAGAGGUUUAGGAUGAUUACUAUCAUACCUUUUUAGGAGCGUCUUUUGGAUGAAUUAGAAUGCCGACUGCGAGCCAGGCCUAAUCGUCCAACAUCAGUGCCCGACCUCACUAAUGCUCUUGUGGCUGAAUGGAAGCAAGUCCCCGCAGCAAUGUUCCAACGUCUAGUGGAAAGCCUUCCCAGAAGAGUGGAGGCUGUUAUCGCAGCAAAGGGGGGGGACCAACACCAUAUUUUUGGCCAUGAUUUUGGAAUGAGAUGUUUGACGAGCAGGUGUCCACAUACUUUUGGUCAUGUAGUGUAGCUAGGUGGGGCAACCACGUCUCUACCUGGUGAAAUAAAUGUUAAAUGCAUUCUUCCUUCCUCCCCAUCCAGGUGUCCCCGUCGUCAGAGCAGCCCCCUGCCUCCUCUGAGACCCAGCAGGUCUUCCAGCCUGUCAACGUCUCCAAACCCCCACACAGCUCCGGCAUCAAUGUCAACGCAGCACCAUUCCAGUCCAUGCAAACAGUAAGGACACACACACACACACACACACACACACACACACACACAAACACACACUGGGGGAUACUUGUAGGGUGACUUGGGGACGCACACAAUGGCUCACAUGUCACCUCUUCUGAGAUCUGGAAGACACCUUUUUUUUCUGGGAGACUUUACACCCAAAACCAUUCUGUGAUGUCAUUAGGGUGUCAGGAAAAGGUCGUUCUAUGUUUAACAUCACUGAACUAAGAAUACAAGCGCAUUGGUUUGAUUUGAAUUCAUGUAAUUAGCAACACUUGGACAGGGUUGGGUAGUAACAGAUUAUAUUCCUCAAUUUAAGUGGCAGGGAUACAAUUGGGCUGAAACACAAAUCCCAGAUUGUAGCUUUAACUCUUACUGAGCCGAUGACCUUUUCUCCGAUUCUUUUCAGUUUAACAGGAAGUGGCUAUUGUUCCUGGUUGAACCACAGCGAACACUGUACUCAUCAUUGUCUCACCAGGCUGCCUUAUUCCUCUCCUCAGGUAUUCAACCUCAACCCCCCUGUCCCGCCAGCCAAUGAGACGGAAGCCUUGACCCAGGCCAGCCAAUACCAGAACAGCUACAGCCAGCAGGGCUUCAGCAGCCAAUCACAGCAGCUCCCUGUGGAGCAGACCGAGAUGCAGACGGAACCGCUGCAGUGUGGUGAGCUAGCAGGGCUGGAGCAGAUGUUUACCCUUUUCACACUACCAAGUUGAGCCGUACCCCACUGGCCUGGUUAUGCGUACACCAUUGUGCUACUGGAACCAUCCUGGAAAGGACAAUGUGAACAGGUUGAACAGCACUGGAUGGUGUGAAAAGGAUAUUUCAUGACUGUUGGUCUUAAAAAUUGCCAUUUUACUUAAACUACUUUUUCCCUGUAGUGGCUGGUGCCUUCCACACCCAGGACCCAUCCCUGCCCAGCCAGGACCUGCCCCAGGGACAGCAGCCCGGCCAGCAGGGUUCAGGGUUUGGCCCCGGGGCCGGUCGACAGGCCCAGCCCUUCUACAACAGCAGAGGCAUGACCCGCGGAGGGCCACGUAAUACCCGCGGCCUAGCCAACGGAUACAGAGGUCCAGUAUCCCAUCUGUCCUCAGACUGUUACGACUAACUGCAGGGCCACACAGCAUCUUCAAUAUACUCUAUACUACAGCUUUCUGUUCUCUAUAGGGCUUGAAAGAGUUGAUGUUUGACAUGUUGAUGUUAUUGUUUGAGCAGUGCGAGACACUAUAUGCUCUUUUAUUUUUUUUUUUUUUAUGACAGUGCAUACGUGUAUCUAACUUGAGUGUAACGAUCCAUUCCAGGUGGUUAUGACAGUUACCGGCCUCCCUUUGCCAACACUCCGAACUCUGGAUACCAACAGGCCCAGUUCAACACACCUCGGGACUACUCCAAUGGUGGCAACUACCAGAGGGGGGUAAAUAACCCUUUGACCUUAUCACUCACACAGGGUUGAAGGAAGGAUUGGGAUGGAUGUUGAGCUAACAUGCUCAGGCCCGCUUUCCCGGACACAGAUUAAGCCCUGGACUAAAAAGCACUUUCAAUUGGGGGGAGCGUUCUUUUUUUGUUGUUGUUGUCCAAAACCAGGCUUAAUCUGGGUCUGGGAAGUUGGUCCUUAAAGUUGUCUUUCCCCUUGCCAUAGGGGAUCUUGGAUGGUCUGUUUGGCAUCUAUAAGAGCAGGGGGUGGCUUGGCGUUUACGAGCGUUGGGCCAGUAACCGAAAGGUUGCUGGUUCGAAUCCCCAAGCUGACUGGUUUUGUGUUCCCUCUCCUUGCCACAUUACUGGAUGGUCUCAUUUUAUUUUAUUAGGAAUCUAAUUUAUAUAGGGGUACUCUCUAAGAACUGUCAGUAAUGUUUUGUCCCUCUGUCUUUUCCCCCCUGCUUUAGGACGGUUAUAAUCAGAACUACAAGCGUGGAGCA